AUGCGCGGCGCGGGGUCCGGGACCCGGCUGCCUCUAUUGCAUGACAAUCGGCGUGGCCGGGCCGGGCCGGGCCAGCGCCGCGGACUCCGGGGCCGGCAGGAGCGCGGCCGCAGCUCGGCUCCCGCAGGACGGGCUCGGGGAGGGGGCCGGGCUGCGCUCCGGCGCGGGCUCGGAGCGGGCGGGCGGGAGGCGGCCGGAGCGUCCCGGGGCCGCCCGGGGGCGCGCUCGGAGCCCGCCGCGGGGACGCGCACCUACCUCUUGUCAGAAAGGCCGAGCCCGGGGCGCGGGGCGGCGGGAGGAGCUCAUGCCGGCGGCUCCGCGGUGCCUUCGCAGUUCCACUGCUCGGCGGCUGCCGCUCGACCGCCGGUUCCGGGGAGGGGGCUGGGCGGGAGCUGCGAGGGGCGCGGCGAGGGCUCGAGCGGUUGUUACGGCGACGGCGAGGGCGGGGCCGGGUGCCGAAAGCGGCGCGCGUGCGCGGACGCGGCCGGGGCGGGGGCGGGGCGGGGGCGGGCGGCGGUUGCUAGGGAGGGGGUGGGGUGA